CCCUGCUCCCGGGCAUGAAGCUCGGGUGGGACCUGACCACGGGGCUCGACCGGCACCUGACGACGUGGCGGAGCACCGGCGACCCGUCGCCGGGCGACUACACGUUCGGGUUCGACCUCCGCGGCGUCCCCGAGGGGUUCAUACGGCGCGACGGCACGGUGCCCGUGUACCGGAACGGGCCGUGGAACGGGCUGCAGUUCAGCGGCGAGCCGGAGAUGGAGCCCAACAACAGCAACUUCCAGUUCGAGUUCGUCGACAACGCCAGCGACGUGUACUACACGUUCCUGGUGGACGGCGGCGGCGGCAGCGGCAACGGCGGUGUCGUGUCGCGGUUCGUGCUGAACCAGUCGAGCGUGCAGCGCUACGUGUGGCCGCCGGGCGGGCAGGGGUGGAGCCUCUACUGGUCGCUGCCGCGGGACCAGUGCGACAACUACGCGCACUGCGGCGCCUUCGGCGCCUGCGACACCAGCGGCGGCUCGGCGGCGUGCGCCUGCGUGCACGGGUUCACGCCGGCGUCGCCGCGGGACUGGGAGCUCAGGGACAGCUCCGCUGGGUGCAGGCGCCUCACGCGGCUCAACUGCACCGGGGACGGCUUCCUGCCGCUGCGCGGCGUGAAGCUGCCGGACACGACGAACGCGACGGAGGAUGCGACCAUCACUGUCGACCAGUGCAGGCAGAGGUGCCUCGCCAACUGCUCCUGCCUGGCCUACGCCGCUUCCAGCAUCAAGGGAGGCGAUAGUGGCUGCAUCAUCUGGAGCUCGCCGCUCAUUGACAUCAGGCAUUUCCCUUCCGGUGGCCAGGAUCUGUUCGUUCGCCUGGCGGCAUCUGACCUGCCAUCCGACGGAGACGGUUCCAGGAAGAAGAACGUAGUCGUCGCCGUUGUCGUAAGCCUAUCGGCCGUCCUCCUUGUCGGCGUCGGCGGAUUCUUCCUCUGGAAGAAGCUUUUCAGAAACAAAGCUGGGAGGUUCCAGAGCGCGCAGAGGUUCAGCUCGUUUGACUCCAGCGUCCCUCUUACCCCGGUCCAACUCCAAGACAGGAGCAAGGAGGACGAAGCCGGUCAGAGCAGCGACCUGAACGUCACGCUCUUUGACAUGGACGCCAUCGCUCUCUCCACUGACAACUUCGCGGCGUGGAACAAGCUCGGGGAAGGCGGCUUCGGCGCGGUGUACAAGGGGCAACUGGAAGGAGGGCAGGCGGUGGCGGUGAAGCGGCUGUCCAAGUACUCGACGCAGGGACUGGGCGAGUUCAAGAACGAGGUGAUGCUCAUCGCCAAGCUGCAGCACGUGAACCUGGUCAGGCUCCUGGGCUGCUGCGUCCAUGGAGAGGAGAGGAUGCUGGUGUACGAGUACAUGGAGAACAAGAGCCUCGACAACUUCAUCUUUGACAAGAACCGAUCCGCGCAGCUGCACUGGUCCAAGAGGUUCGACAUCAUCCUGGGCAUCGCACGCGGGCUCCUGUACCUGCACCAGGACUCCCGGUACAAGGUGAUCCACCGGGAUCUCAAGGCCGGCAACAUCCUCUUGGACAAGGACAUGAACCCCAAGAUCUCCGACUUCGGCGUGGCCAGGAUCUUCGGCGACGACACCGACUCGCACACCAGGAAAGUCGUCGGAACAUACGGGUACAUGUCCCCGGAGUACGCCAUGGACGGCGUCUUCUCGGUGAAGUCCGACGUGUUCAGCUUCGGCGUGCUGGUGCUGGAGAUCGUCAGCGGCAGGAAGAACCGGGGCAUGUACAGCAGCGGCGAGCAGACGAGCCUCCUCAGCCAGGCGUGGAGGCUGUGGAGGGAAGGCAACGCGCUGGCGCUGCUGGACGAGGCGGUGGUCCGCGCCGGCACGCACCGGAGCUCCGAGGUGCUGCGCUGCGUGCAGGUGGCGCUGCUGUGCGUGCAGGAGCGGCCCGACGACCGGCCGCACAUGGCGGCGGUGUUCCUGGCGCUGGGCAACCCGAGCGCGGUGCUCCCGCAGCCCAGGCACCCGGGCUACUGCACCGACCGGGGCUCCGCCUCCACCGACGGCGAGUGGUCGUCCACAUGCACCGUCAACGACGUCACCGUCACCAUCGUGGAAGGACGGUGACGCCACGUGGCGGCUCUCUCAGCCCUGAGCCGUGCUAGCUGCCGGGAUACUGCCGCGCCUUCGGUGAUUUGUGAAUAGCUUGACUGAUAUAUGGGCAGGGGUUGACAACCCCCCAAAGCGCAAAGCUGUGUGUGUGUGUGUGUGAUUGUGAUCUGGAUGGUAUUGAAACUUCGCUCAGGUUUGAUCUUGCACUCAAACAGCAGCUUCAGGAACUCGGUGUCAUCCUCAGCUCCGGUGAAAUUAGUGGUCUCCAGUUCCUCCAGCGAGGCAGUGAAUGCAGAGUGAGACCGUCUCCAGACAUUUACAGCCAUGACUGCACAGUGAUUUCUUCAGAAGAAAACAACACACACUGUCACACUGUACCAUGCAUAAUUUAAGUGCAGCACUUGAGUAUGUUUUAGUUGUUUACUGUCUCCUGUCAAUUUUAUUUUGUUUUGAAGUUGUUACAUUUGUGUGUGCGCGCGCGUUAAGAAGGCGGCUUGAGUAUCAUAAUUAGCUUGAUGGUACUGUAAAUUAUGAGCAGAUAAUUAAAUUGCUUUGUGCUUCUUGCUA